GUCACUUCCGGCCGACGCCGGAAGUCGGAAGUCGGAGCCGGUCGCAGCGGCCACGGGCUCGUGGCGAGUGCUGCGGGUCACGUCAGGAGUUUGGGGUUCCCCGGGGUCAGCCCAUGCCGAGCUCACGGCUCCUGGUGCUCUUCGGCAGCCAAACGGGCACAGCCCAGGAUGUGUCGGAGAGGCUGGGCCGCGAGGCCCGGCGCCGGCAGUUGAACUGCCGGGUGCAAGCCCUGGACUCCUACCCGGUGGUGAAUCUGAUUAAUGAGCCCCUGGUGAUAUUUGUUUGUGCAACUACAGGCCAAGGAGACCCCCCGGACAACAUGAAGAGUUUCUGGAGGUUCAUCUUCCGGAGGAGCCUGCCGUCCACUGCCCUCUGUCAGAUGGACUUUGCUGUCCUGGGUCUCGGGGACUCGUCUUACACCAAGUUCAACUUCGUGGCCAAGAAGCUGCACCGCCGGCUGCUGCAGCUCGGGGGCAACGCCCUUCUGCCCGUGUGCCUGGGCGAUGACCAGCACGAGCUGGGGCCCGACGCCGCCGUUGACCCCUGGCUGCAGGAUCUGUGGGAGAAGGUGCUGGGGCCGCACUCUGUGCCUCUGAACCUCGACCUGAGCCCUCCUGGAGUCCUUUGGCCCUCCAAGUUCACCCUGCAGUUCCUCAAGGACACCCCCAGCUCGAGCCCUGAGGAGCUGUGUGUGGCCGGAACAGACCCUCAGGGACCCCCUUCAGAGCUGCAGCCAUUCCUGGCACCCAUGGUCAGCAAUCGGAGGGUCACGGGGCCCUCGCACUUCCAGGAUGUGCGGCUGAUUGAGUUUGACAUCUCAGACUCUGGGAUCAGCUUUGCAGCCGGAGACGUGGUGCUGAUCCAGCCCGAGAACACAGCCAGCCACGUCCAGCAGUUCUGCCAGGCGCUGGGCCUGGACCCCGAGCAGCACUUCACGCUGCAGCCCAGGGAGCCGGGUGUCGCCUGCCCCGCGCGGCUGCCACAGCCCUGCUCCAUGCGGCGCUUCGUGUCCCAGUACCUGGACAUCGCCAGUGUCCCCCGCCGCUCCUUCUUUGAACUCCUGGCCUGUCUUUCCCCCCACGAGCUGGAGCGGGAGAAGCUGCGGGAGUUUGGCUCUGCACGGGGCCAGGAGGAGCUGUGCGAGUACUGCACCCGACCCCGCAGGACGGCCCUGGAGGUGUUGUGCGACUUCCCCCACACGGCUGCUGCCAUCCCCCCAGACUACCUGCUGGACCUGGUGCCCCUGAUCCGGCCUCGGGCCUUCUCCAUCGCUUCCUCUCUGCGGGCCCACCCCUUGCGGCUGCAGAUCUUGGUGGCCGUGGUGCAGUACCAGACCCGCCUCCGGGAGCCCCGCCGUGGCCUCUGCUCCAGCUGGCUGGCGUCCUUGGACCCUGCGCAAGGACCUGUCCGGGUGCCCCUGUGGGUGCGGUCUGGGGGCCUGACGUUCCCAAAGACGCCAGACGUACCUGUGAUCAUGGUGGGGCCCGGCACCGGCGUAGCCCCCUUCCGAGCAGCCAUCCAGGAGCGAGUGGCCCAGGGCGAGACCGGAAACGUGCUGUUCUUCGGCUGUCGCCGGCAGGACCAGGACUUCUACUGGGAGGCUGAAUGGAAGCAGCUGCAGGCGAGGGGCUGCCUGACUCUGGUCACGGCCUUCUCCCGAGAUCAGACUCAGACCGUCCCCUGCCCCGCAGGAGCAGAAGGUGUACGUGCAGCACCGGCUCCGGGCGUUCGGGCCGCUGGUGUGGGAGCUGCUGGAGGGCCAGGGCGCCCACUUCUACCUGGCAGGCAACGCCAAGUACAUGCCUGCCGAUGUGUCCAACACCCUGCUGUCCAUCUUCCGGGAGGAGGGCGGGCUCUCUGGCCCCGAUGCGGCCGCCUACCUCGCCCGGCUGCAGCGGACACUGCGUUUCCAGACUGAGACGUGGGCCUGAAGGGCCAUCCUGCUGUUGGCCGCAGCCACCCUGCCCGACGCUCUCUGGGGGCUAUUGUUGGCUCUCGCCCUGUCUGCUCCCAGCUGGGAGGGUGGUCAGCUCGCCUGCACAGACUUCAGCAGUAGGAGGAGGCCCUGGGCAGCACACACCUGCCCGCCCAGUUCCAGGAAAGCCUCAGCAAUAAACGCCGGGCUCUUGGUGGCUGCUUCCUA